AUGGCUUCUUCUUUGGUAUCCAAAUCAUCAGAUGAGUCUGAUGCAACAUGGGAGGCACUGCUGCCACCGGAUAUUGAAGUUUUUGUCGAAAUGAUUCCUCGGUCAGCACUAUUCCGGUCGAAGAAAGAGAUCUAUGAUCGUUUAUGCGAGGGUGUAACCUUUGGCUCUGGCAAUAAGUUUUGCUUCUUGGAGAAAUCCACUGUUAAGAAAUGCUACAGGUUGGGUGCAAGAGAGCUUUCUAUUGUAUCGGCAUCAGAACCGAAACGCUGGACCUGGACAUCCAUGCCAGGAUCAAGGUUCCCAGAGGUGGCUAAACUCAGGCGCAUCCGUUGGUUGGACAUGGAUGGAUCGAUUUACGCAAAUUGGUUGUCCCCCAAAACACUUUAUGCUGCUUAUCUGCUCCUGAAAUUCGAUGAACAAGCAUCAGGACUGGAUGAAAAGCYUUCAGAACUUAAAAUAGAAAUUGGAAAUCUAGUUUCCACGCGCAGGGAGUACAACAACAAGAACAAUGAAGGUGAAGACAGCAUUCCCAAUCCCAAAGACAACAGUGAAGCUGAGGAUGGUGAUCUCAAACCCAAUGACAACAAUGGUGAAGAUGAAGAUGGUGUUAUCGAUCCAAAGGACAACGUUGAAGAAGAUCGUGAGGAUAGUGUUCGCAUUGUUUCCAAUGAUAAUGACAAGAAGGAUGAAGAUGAUGAUAAUGAUAAUGAAGAAGAAGAAGAUAUUAUUGCAUCAGAAACAGAGGAGCUAAAAGAGCCUCUCCCAGACAUUGUCCCACGUUCCAGAGAUGAUGGGUGGAUGGAGAUUGAAUUGGGAUAUUUCUUUAUUGAAGAUGGGGAUGAAGGAGAAAUAAAAAUGACAUUCAAGGAAGUAAGCAACCGUUGGAAGACAGGGCUUAUUAUUGAAGGCAUUGAAGUGAGGCCUCUAGCUUGA